AUGUUUUAUAGUAUUUCCUGGGGGGAGAAGAAGAUUUUCAUUCUUUUCUUUUCUUCAAGGAGUUUGGUCUUCGUAACUGAUUCUUUUUUUUUUUAUUCUACAUUCUUUCUUUCUAUCAUUCUUUAUUUUUUCUUCUUCUAUUUUCUCAUGAUUUCUUUUUUCGUUUUCCUUGAUUUCACUCCGAUUCUUUCUUAUUUUUAUCUUGUAAUCAGUUCGGACCUUCAUUCUUUCUUUUUCUUCUGGUUUCUUACCUUCUUUCUUUCUAUGCUUUAUGAUCGAUUCUCUCUUUCUUUCUUUUUCUUCUGUUUUAAUUUUUUUUUUGUUUUUUGGUCGAUUCCUUCUUUCUUUCCUCUUUUCUCUCUUUUCUUUUUCUUUUCCUUCUUUUUUUUUUUUCUUUUUCUUUUUAAAUUAUUUCAAUUAUUUCUUUUUAUUUUUCCAUCUGGUUUCUUUUUUGUCUUUUUUGUGGUCGAUUAUUUCUUUCUAUCAGUUUCUUCUCAUUUCUCUUCAGAUUUAUUUAUCGCCUUUCUCUCUCUCUCUCUCUCCCUCCCCCUUCCUUCUCUCCUAUCUCUCUCCUUCUCUCCCCCUCUCUCUCUCUCCCUCCUUUCUCUCAUCUAUACUUCCAAAACAUUAAAUUUUUUUCUCUCUCUCUUUAUCCUCCUUUCUUUAUUCUCUUGUUCUCUUUUCAAUAUCAUUCGUUUUCCAAAUAAGCUUCGAUGA